AACAAAUGUUGUGCAGUGGUUAGACUCCAACCAUAGACUUCCGAGACAGGUUGGGAAAAAAAAGGAGUGAGAAUAAGCUGUAUGGAAGGAAAGGCCAUCGCUGAGUGAAGAAUGUUUCAGUAGCUGGGUAAAACUCUUCAGGUUGCCAUUCAGUGUCCAGCGUAAACAUCUACAGGGAUAGUCUCGACAAAUCUACCUUUUCAGAGGCUUUCCUAACUAAAAUUGGCCGCGGAAGAGAGGCGAAAGGCAGGCGGACAAAUGGAUAUCAGAUCAAUUGUUUUGUUACUCUCUGUGUGUGGGCCGACUUGGGCCUUCACAUUGGACUUGGACUAUGGAGGUGUACCACUCUGGAUCAACCGUUUUUUGGGAGAGCCGAGUGUUUUGACUUUGAAAGAUCGGAUGGAUCCGGGCUGGUUUCGUGCUGUGAACGCACAAAGUUGUCCCUUGGAGUGUGACUGCCCGAUCCAGUGGCCAACGGCCCUUUAUUGUGACCACAGGGGCCUUAACCAGCUUCCCUCUGGCCUUCCGUCCCGCAUACAGUACCUGUUCCUCCAAGGGAAUAAUAUUACUUUCCUUGGAUACGGGGCGUUUGCUAAUGCUACCAACUUGCGUUGGUUGAUCUUGGAUCACAAUCAACUACUGAGUGAGCAACUCGAUAAUGUGUUGUUCUCCAAUCUGACCCGCUUGGUAAAUCUUUUCAUAAACAAUAAUAACUUGACAAAGGUGCCAGCCAGACUGCCUAGCGGACUCAAGCAACUGCGACUCGCAUAUAAUCACAUCGAAAUGAUUUCUGCAGGUGCAUUCCAAAAUCUGGCCAAUUUAACGGUACUUCUGUUACAAGGCAACCGUCUGAAGAUUAUUGAAGGGAGCGACUUAAAAGGUCUUGGAGGCCUCAACCUCUUGGAUCUCAGUCACAACCUCCUGGAUACUUUCCCCAAACAUCUGCCUUCAUCUGUCCAGCAGCUUUACCUCUCCAACAACUCUCUUACAGGCCUGACCGAGAACAGCCUUCAUGGUUUUAAUGGACUCCGUUACCUACGGCUCGGACACAACAAAUUGAGGAAUGAAGGGCUUGACCCUGGAGCCUUUAACCUCACAUCUCUGGUAGAGCUGGACCUUUCAUAUAACCAGCUAACAGAAAUCCCAACCGUUCCCACCACCCUUCAGUACCUCUACCUUGAGGUUAACCAAAUUCAAGCUUUCAACGUGAGCAGUCUCUGCAGGACAGUAGGACCCACAUCAUAUUCACGAAUGAAGAUCCUGAGGCUGGACGGAAAUAAACUGGAGUACCACAAGCUGCCUCCUGAUUGGGUGUUCUGCCUACGAGUCCUUCAUAACAUUUAUAUUUGAUCUAAUAAAAGCAGGCAUUACCUCGAGUAGCUCUACAUUUUAAUGCUUUUAAUAGGUUUUAAAAUAGCAUGCAAUAAUAUAUUAUAUUAUAUUAUAACAUAAUAU